AUGAUGAGACAGAUAGGGGUCCAAACUCCAGGUAGGGGUGGAUCUCAGAGCUCAGAUUCAGAUUCAUCUGCCACACCAGGAAAUGCCGUGGACGUGAACAAUGAAGGCUCCUCUGAGGGCUUUAUUUGUCCUCUCUGUAUGAAGUCUCAUGGAUCAGCUGAGGAGCUGUUCAAGCACUAUGAAGCAGUUCAUAAUUCUGGCAUUGAUUCAACUCAUGGAGGGGAAGGUCAUCUGUCACCGGAAAGAGAUGAAGUAUCACUGCUCCGACAAGAAGUCCAAGACUUGCAAGCUUCACUGAAGGAGGAGAGGUGGUAUUCAGAAGAGCUGAAGAAAGAACUAGAGAAAUUGCAGGGGCAGCGGCAGCAAGAUUCUAAGUCUGACGGAUUGACAACGGCUACAUCCACAGAAUCAUUAGAACGGCAACUAGAAGAGAUCCAAGUAGAAAAUUUUAAUAUUAAGCAAAUGAAAGACUUAUUUGAGCAAAAAGCAGCACAACUGGCCACUGAAAUUGUGGAACUGAAAUCAAAGUAUGAUGAAGAAAUCAGCCUUCGGGAAGGAGCAGAACAAAAAGUGACAAACCUGACACAAGAACUGCAGAAGGAGAGAAGUACGGUGGAAGAUUUAAAGACAGAGCUGCUACAAAGGCCGGGUGUGGAAGAUGUAGCCGUCCUGAAAAAGGAGCUGGUCCAGGUUCAGACACUGAUGGACAAAAUGACACUGGAACGUGAGAGGGAAUCUGAAAAACUGAAAGAUGAGUGCAAGCACUUGCAGGCACAACAGGCUAACUCAGAGGCUACCAUUAACCAGUUGAGAGCUGAACUUGCCAAAGGACCUCAGGAGGUAGCUGUGUAUGUUCAGGAGCUGCAAAAACUUCAAAGUUCAGUCAAAGAGCUAGAGCAGAAAAACCAGAGUCUGACUGAGAAACUGCUGAAGAAAGAACAGGACUACACCCAGCUAGAAGAAAAACAUAAUGAAGUAUCUGUGAGUAAGAAGAAUGUGCAGGCAAGUUUUCACCAGAAAGACCUGGACUGCCAACAGCUUCAGGCAAAGCUGUCUGCAGCUGAAGCUUCGAUACAGAGAUUACAGACAGAGCUAGGUGAGAAGGGAGAAGCAAGCCAGAAACUUAAAGAAGAGUUGUCUGAAGUAGAGACUAAGUACCAGCAUCUUAAGGCAGAAUGUAAACAGCUCCAGCAGCAGAGGGAAGAAAAAGAGCAGCAUGGCCUGCAACUCCAAAGUGAACUCAGUCAGUUGCACAGUAAACUUCUAGAAACAGAGAGGCAGCUAGGGGAAGUGCACGGGCGGCUCAAGGAACAGAGGCAGCUGUCUAGUGAGAAGCUGAUGGACAAAGAGCAGCACGUGGCCGAUCUGCAAUUAAAACUUUCUCGUGCUGAAGAGCAGCUGAAGGAAAAAGCAGCAAAUUCCACAGAAUUGCAACAUCAGUUAGAUAAGGCAAAACAGCAGCACCAGGAACAGCAGACACUUCAGCAAAAUACUACAGCAAAACUACGAGAAGCUCAGAAUGAUUUGGAGCAAGUACUGAGACAAAUUGGAGAUAAGGACCAAAAAAUUCAAAAUCUUGAGGCUUUGCUUCAGAAAAGCAAGGAAAACAUCUCCCUGCUAGAAAAGGAAAGAGAGGACUUAUACGCAAAAAUUCAAGCUGGUGAAGGAGAAACUGCAGUUCUUAACCAGCUCCAGGAGAAAAAUCAUGCAUUGCAAAUACAGGUAACUCAGCUGACAGAGAAGCUGAAGAAUCAAUCAGAAAGUCAUAAACAAGCGCAAGAGAAUUUACAUGAGCAAGUGCAGGAGCAGAAGGCGCAUCUAAGAGCUGCUCAGGACCGUGUGCUUUCCCUAGAAGGAAAUAUCACUGAACUAACUAGCCAGCUAAAUGAAAGUAAAGAGAAAGUAUCACAACUUGAUGUACAGGUAAAAGCAAAGACUGAAUUGCUACUUUCAGCAGAAGCAUCUAAAGCUGCUCAAAGAGCAGAUCUUCAGAAUCACCUGGACACUGCCCAGCAUGCACUGCAAGAUAAACAACAGGAGUUAAAUAAGGUCAGCGUUCAGCUGGAUCAAGUUACAGCUAAGCUGAAUGACAAGCAGGAGUACUGUGCUCAGCUGGAAGCCAAUCUGAAAGAGUACAAAGAGAAAAGUCUUUAUUUAGAACAGAAAACUGAAGACCUAGAGGGACAGCUUAAGAAACUUGAAGCUGACCUACUUGAUGCUAAAGCAAGCAAAGAACAAGCUCUUCAGGAGUUACAGCAGCAGCGACAGCAAUCCACAGAAUUAGACCUCCGAACAACAGAACUGAGUAAACAACUUGAAGCAGCAAGAGAAGCGAUGUCUAAUACUAAAUUGGAUUUGCAGAAGAAGUCCGAGGCCCUUGAACAAGCGAAAAAGCAAAUUUCAAAGCAGGAGGAGGAGAAGGCCAGCCUCAAACAAAACCUUGAGAAAUCAAAUCAAGAUACUAGUAAACAACUUAAAGAAUUAGAUUGUAAAAUGCAAGCAGCAGCAUCAGAGCUGCAACAAGUGAAAUCAGAGAAGGAUGCUCUAAUAAAGGACCUUACAGCUACCAAAGACAAGCUCUCAAAAAGUUCUGAAUCCUUCAAAAAAAGAAAGGAAGAAUUAGAAAAAGAAGUACAAAAAGGAAAAGCAGCUGUGGCAGAAAUGGAAAAAUCUUGCCAAGAAUUAAAACAGCAGCUCCAGGUGCAAACAGAGUCUGUAGCUAAAGAGAGGAAUGAAUUGAAAAACUCACUGGAAAAAAAGGAGGGGAUUUCUAAGCAGUUGUCGAUAGAACUUGAUGCAGCAAGAACACAAGUACUGGAAAUUCAGGGUCUUCUGAAGGAGAAAGAAAAAAGUGAGCAACAUCUCCAGGGAAGGCUGAGAGAGUUAAAGGAAUCUUUUGAGCAAAAGAAAAAGCACAGUGAGAUACUGCAAGCUGAAUUAAAAAUUGCCCUUUUAGAAAAGGCAGAACUGGAGAAUAAGCUGCAACAGCAGUCUAUUUUGUCAGCACAGGAGCUUAAAGCAGAGAAAGUCAAGCUAGCAGACUUACAGAAGAGCCAUGAAAAGCAUAAGGAAAACAUGGAGAAGCUGCAGCUGGACCUUUAUGGGAACGAGUCCGAGCUGCUGGCAACAAGGCAAGACCUUAAGUCCACAGAAGAAAAACUUGCUCUAGCUCAAGAAGAGUUAGUUUCCAGCAGAAAUCGAAUUGCUAGCAAUAAUCAGCAGAUUCAGGAACUGAAGAAAGCAAAGUCUACACUGGAGCAGGAUGCAUCAAAGAAAGAGCAGCAGCUGGGUGAGAAGACCAAAAUGUUACAGGAUCUUCAGAAUGACAGGAUUUUGAAAGAGAAAGACCUGGCUAAUGAGAAAUGUAAAACAACAGAGCUCCAAGAAAUAAGGAAUAGACUUGAAAAAGAAAGUGCCAAACUGGGUGAAGAGCUUAGAGCCUGCAAGCAAGAAUUUGAGAAGGAGCUGGGGAAUCUCAAGGAUGCAAACCAGCUAUUGAUUCAACAGAAAUUAGAGCUGCAGGGCAAAAUAGAUAAUACUAAUUCAGCUCUGGAACAGGAGAAAAAAACCCAUCAAGCUGUCAAAGAUCAGCUGAAAAAGAGAGAAGAGGAGCUGAAGAAAGAAUGUGCUGAAAUUGAAGCUAAACUGCACACAGAACAAAAAGAGAAAGAAGAAGAAAAUAGGAAACAUGAGGAGAAGGAGACCAAGCUCAUCAUGCAAGUCACAGCCCUGAAUGAAAACCUGGCUACGAUGAAGAAAGAGUGGCAAAGCAGUCAGAGGCGAGUGAGCGAGCUGGAGAAACAGACAGAUGAUUUACGUGGGGAUAUUGCUGUCUUGGAAGCAACGGUGCAGAAUAACCAGGACGAGAGAAGAGCGUUGCUGGAGAGGUGUAUAAAAAGUGAGGGAGAAAUUGAAAAGCUUCAAGCCAAACUAGUAGAGAUGAAGAAAAAGCUGGACAACACUACUGCUGCAAUGCAGGAACUUGGCCGAGAAAACCAGUCAUUACAGAUCAAACACACUCAAGCUCUCAACAGGAAGUGGGCAGAAGACAAUGAGGUACAGAACUGUAUGGCCUGUGGAAAAGGCUUUUCGGUGACAGUGAGAAGGCAUCACUGUAGACAGUGCGGAAAUAUCUUCUGUGCCGAGUGCUCAGCAAAGAAUGCCUUAACUCCUUCUUCUAAGAAGCCUGUCCGAGUCUGUGAUACUUGCUUUAAUGACUUGCAAGGAUAACUGGCUAUCGUGAGUGACAAAGAAAUGUUACACUAAAAUUUACAAUUUCUGUCAAUGCACUUCGUUCAGCACUCAGACUACUAUUCAGUUUGGACAAUGAUUGUAACACUUGGCAAAAUUUAGUAUAUUUUAAAAUGUUUAUUGAUACCAAGUAAAACUAUUGUAUUUUUUGUGAGACAUGGGCUCAGAUCAUCCAUAGCUUAUUGCCAUUUAUCCUGGAAAGAGCUUCUAUGUCUAGAUUAGAAAUAUCCAGUUAUUUGUAAAUAAAGUUUAAACAGAGGAGUAA